UUAACUCAUAAGUAUACUUCCUCGUUUUCAGUAUGGCUGCGCAUAAACGCAUGUGAUAUUUAUUUAGAGAAAUAAUUAAUGUGUUGUAAUAGUUUUCAUUUCGUCUCAAAGCUGCUGUAGAGUUUUAGGUGUGAACCUUCGCGAUGGGUCUGUUGACGAUCUUGAAGAAGAUGAAACACAAAGAGCGUGAAAUGCGACUGCUGAUGCUUGGUCUUGAUAAUGCAGGAAAGACAACCAUCCUGAAGAAGUUCAACGGCGAGGAUGUCAGCACUAUUUCUCCAACGUUAGGCUUCAACAUAAAGACGCUUGAGCAUAGGGGGUUUAAGCUAAAUAUUUGGGAUGUGGGAGGUCAGAAGUCAUUGCGAUCGUACUGGAGGAAUUAUUUUGAGAGUACAGAUGGACUGGUGUGGGUAGUGGACAGUGCUGAUAGAUUGAGACUGGAGGACUGCAGGAAGGAGCUGAGUGCUUUAUUACUAGAGGAGCGACUAGCAGGAGCCACUCUACUGGUUUUUGCCAACAAACAGGACCUGCCUGGUUCUUUAUCAAAAGAUGCUAUACGAGAGAUUUUAGCCCUUGAUGACAUUAAGACCCAUCACUGGUGUAUAGUGGGCUGCAGUGCAGUGACUGGCCAGAAUCUACUGACAGGUGUGGACUGGCUGCUUGAUGACAUAGCAGCUCGGAUCUUUACAACAGAUUGAUGGACUAAACAUUUCAACACAUUUUGCAGAUAGCUUAAGCCAUUUUGAUGUUUUUGUGUACUUCACUUUUCAAGUUAUAACAGAUUAACCCAUUAAAAACCAAGUUUUUUUUUUGUCUUCAAAACUUGCCUUCUCAAAAACUGUCAAUACACCCAUUUCCCACUUGAUUAGGUCUUGUCUCUGGUAUCUUUUCAUUAAAAUGUCUGCUGUCACUCCAGUGCUUAAGAAAUCAGGGUUGCUUCUCAUUUCUUAAAUUGCGCUCCCUUGCUCCUCCGUCCUUGAGUCUGUGAGUGUGACCUGGAAACCAAUCAAAGUCCGGCAUCAUGAUGUAUCAAUUCUCUAAAUGCACCGCGAUUAGGCAAGGACUGAGUACAGAGGAAGCUUGAACAAGAAAGCAUAGGAGCAUCCUAUGCGGAAGACUUUUUGGCACCUGACACACAUAAAUUCUCCUCUCCCUUCACAUCUUACACAAGUUUUAACUCAUGUCUUACCUUUGCAGUUUAAAUAAACCAUAAUGGUCACAAACUU